AUGUCGAUGCUUGUGGAAACGUCUAUCGAAAAUUUGAUAGAAGAAAUUGAAAAGAGACCAGCACUAUAUAAAAAACAACUAAAAGAAUACUCUGAUAUAAAUCUGAAGAAAAAACUAUGGGAAGAAGUGUGUGAAGUAGUUAUUCCCGAUUGGAAUGAGCUUGGUGCCCAGGAAAAAACAAAACAAGGUCAUGAAGUGCAAAAAAAAUGGGCUAAUUUACGGACUUGUUUUCGUAGAGAAUUAAACGCCCAAAAAAACACAAAAUCAGGACAAGCUGCAACCAAGAGGCGUAAAUAUGUGUACUUUGAAAAAUUAUUAUUUUUACUUCCCUGUAUGGAAAAUCGGCCAACGGAAGGUAACCUGGAACCAAAUGAUUCUCAUGAAGACGAAGACGACAAUAACGAUCCUGGCCCUACCACUUCAACACCUAUUCCUCAUCGGAAAAAGAGGACUAAUGUAUCGAAACCAGACGAGUUGGACGAAGCAUUAAUAAAAGCAUUAAAUCAGCCGGUUGAUGAAGAUACAAAUUUUGCUUUAUCUCUUGUCCCAUCACUCCAGAAAUUAAACGCAGAGGAAAAACUCGAUGCUAAAAUUGGUAUUCUUAACAUUUUUAAACAAAUAACACUAGCAAGGCGUUUUGAUACUAGUUCUCAAUCAACAAGUAGCUACAGUGUCUUACAGCGACCGUUGUCUUAUCCUGUAUAUCAUCCAGGAAGUAACAUGCCACCACCACAAAUAUCUCAGCAUUCAAAUUAUACGUCCAGUUUUACCACACCACACAAUCUGCCUACGUUUCAAGACAUUCAAAAUACUCCAUCGCCAGAAAAUUCUAAUGAUACAGUUCGUUCCCAUUUUUCUAAUUUUUCAGAUGAUACGGAUAUAAUAUAUGACUUAUAAUAUAUAAUUUAUAAGUAUACUUAUAAUAUAAUAAUUUUACUUAUAAUGUAAUAAAUAAUAAUAUUAAUCAUUUA